AUGAACUGUGACGGACCUUUCUGUCUCGUAUAUUUCACAUCGACACCUCGACCAGAUGCCGCCAUCAACCACACCUGGACACCUUUGAAGGCCGCUGUACAUAUCGUCACGCACAGAAGGAUUCCGGCCAACAGUGGCGAUUUGAGCGGAAAGGAAGCAUAUCACCCGCACUUUCUCCCUUCCAAAAAUCCGGUCAUCUUCACUCACAGCGCUGCUUCAUCGCAGCAGACGCCCGCUGUACGAGAUUCGUGGCGUGAAAUUGAGGACAACACUUGGAUCAUUGGCGGCAAGAUAAAGCUCGUCCGUGGGCCAGCUCCGCUCCUCGAUUCAUCUUGGAUUGAUGACGAUGGCACUUAUUUCACCGCAUUCGAAGCGGACAAGGAAGACAUAGAUGCAGCAAUACAGCACCCGGCUCCGAAGACGCCUUUCAAGCUGGUCUACGAUGCCUGGGAUGCCCACGCCGUUUGGCAAGUCGGCAACGCUUUCGUCAAGAUCACCAUCAUCGCCGGCCCAUUGAUUACAAGGGAAUAUGUCACGCUCGCAGCCGUCCACGCUAUGCUUGGCCUGGGUUUCCGACUUCCAAAUGUGAUCUACCACGACGAGAAGGGAAGCCGUUACUUCUUGAUCAUGAGUAGAGUAGUGGGAGAAAUAUCACACAAGAUAUGGCCUUCAUUGAGCGUCGAUGAGAGGGCAUCUGACAUGGGCGGAGUUGACGGAGGUCAAAUCCCGAAAUAUUACUUGGUGGCAAAGCAGGAGUCCGGCAGCGCAGCCAACUUCGACACUCAACUUCAGCUUGAAACGUGCAAGGCGCUCGGAAUGGACUGCCCAGGUUUUGUUUUCUACUACUGUGAUCUGGGACCGGGAAACAUCCUGCAAGAUCCCGCUGAUGGUUCGAUCGGUGUCAUCGAUUGGGAGUGUGUUGGGUUCUUGCCCCGAGCAUGGAUCUUGACCGAGUUUCGUGUCAGUGGUGGACACGAUUUGGAAGCACCCGGUGAUGGAUACGAUCAAUUCGACUAUAGGGUUCGCCUGAUCAGAAAGCUUCUUCAAAUGGGCUUCGAUCAUGUUGUAGAGCAGUGGUUGUCUCUGGGAAAGUCUUGA